ACGGCCAAGGAGAGCUUUUGAAAGGGAACUUUUGCAGCGGGUUACAUUUGCAGUCACCUCGGUGUUUGCAAAUAUUGAGUAGGCUUCUCAGCAACUAUCUUCUGGAGAGAGCCCCAGGAGUGGAAGGCAAUCUCAACAGCAGCAUCGGGGAGACUCUGCAAAAGCUACAGAAAACAACAAAAGCCAACCAGCCAAAAGAGAAAGGCCAAAAGAACCUUGAUCUAUUGCUGUGCAAUUAAACUUUGCAUGAAACUUUGCUUUUUAUAUUAUUUAAAAUAUAUAUACGUCUAUAUAUAUAUAUAUAUAUAAAUAUAUAUAAAUAUAUACCUAUAUAAAAACUUGGUCUGAAAUUCUGAACAGGAAUUUAAUAUAUAUCUAGCGGUAGAUUGCUAUUUUUCCCCCUUAACGUACUUUCUGCUGAAUGAUUUCCCCCCCUUUUUUUCUUGAUUUUUUGCUUUGAUUUCGGUGGUCUUUUCUUUGGAGGAGGAGGAGGAAGUGAGACUUUUGUAAAUAGCUGGUCUUAUUUCUGUCACCAUCACCUGCUGUGGCGAUUACAGCCGAGAGCCGGAGCCAGAGACCUCUGUCGCGCUGCUCCGUUCUUCCGACCAGCGAAAAGGACCCCAGCUUUCGGACGUUGUCUUUGCGGAGGGCUCCUGGUUGCAACUUUUCUUCCCUACCCGUCCCCCCUUCCCCCCACGAAAGGCAUGGAUGUACUUCCAAUGUGUAGCAUCUUUCAGGAACUCCAGAUUGUUCACGACACUGGUUACUUCUCUGCCUUGCCAUCUCUGGAGGAAUACUGGCAACAGACUUGCUUAGAGCUGGAGCGAUAUCUUCAGAGUGAGCCCUGCUACGUGUCUGCCUCUGAAAUAAAAUUUGACAGUCAGGAGGAUUUGUGGACCAAAAUUAUUUUGGCACGGGAGAAAAAGGAGGAAUCUGAACUAAAGACAGCAAGUGCUCCAAAGGAGGACAACCUUAAUAAUCAGACUUUAGAGACUAACAGUCUGAAUUCUGAUAUUAGUAGUGAAUCUUCAGAUAGUUCCGAGGAACUUUCUCCUACAACAAAAUUUACCUCGGAUAUCAUAAAUGAUGUCUUAAGCUUGGCCAGUGCUGGAAACUUGAAUUCAUCUGUCACUUCUACUCCUCCUUCUUCCCCUGAGCUGGGCAAGGAGCCAUCUUCUCAACCAUGGAAUUGUGCCCCCAGUGAAUUGCAUUCACCUGGCAAAAUCCGUACUGGUACUGGUGGAAAGACUGUGGAAAAAGGUACCCUGGUCAAUGGUGAUGCCUCUCCUGAUGGGAGAAGGCGAGUUCAUCGCUGUCACUUCAAUGGGUGCCGGAAGGUUUAUACCAAAAGUUCACAUCUGAAAGCACAUCAGCGUACCCAUACAGGAGAAAAGCCUUACAGAUGCUCAUGGGAAGGAUGUGAGUGGCGUUUUGCAAGGAGUGAUGAACUAACCAGACACUUCAGAAAGCACACGGGUGCAAAACCUUUUAAGUGUAAUCACUGUGACAGGUGCUUCUCCAGGUCUGACCAUCUGGCUCUUCACAUGAAGAGACAUCUCUGAAUGAUUGUGGGCUAAGAGGCUUUGAGGUCAAGCUGGCCUUGGAAGAAAGGAUGCAUAUUCCAGCCAAAGCAUGCCAUUUUGCACCCUAACUCCGUGGCCUCCAGGUCUUCUCUUCCUUGGAAGGUCUUUAGAGGGCUAGAUAAGUCAUGUAAGAAAUGGCUGCAGUGACCAUACGGUGCAGGUCUCCAGCCCAGGGGACCAAACCUUCCGAAUGGCUUCCGACACCUGCCGUGAGCAAACUGGGAGUGUUAGUGAAUGGACAACUGUGUGUUAUGGAGGAUCUACUGGAUGACUGGAUGCUGAGGCACAUUUUUUUAAAGAAAAAAAAACACGUUUGUUCCUUGUUGUUUUCUAACUGUAAGAGAGAAAAAGCUGUCUGAACGUGGGAUUUUUUUUAAAUUUUAUUUUUAACUUGGGGGGGGGCGUGCAUGUGAAGAGUGUUAUGUAAGAUGGAAGGAUGUGCAUUCUUUUGAAGGGGGAGGGGGAAAUGGUCUCUGCACCUUUUUUUAUUUUAUUUUUGGUUUCUGAAGGGGGAGAUGAAAGGGAGGGAAGGAAAAUCAGACUAGAGAAAUGUUGGCAUGGGCCCCUAUCCUGUGUGAAAGGAGCUUUUGGUGUCUGGUCCAGCUAUUAAAUGUGCAAUGUCUCCGGUAGCUUGUCUGACUUGCUACAGAGCUCAUUUGUAAUCCAUUGUAUAAGCUGUGUAUUUACAAUAUAACACAACCUAUAGCUUUUUUCAUUAUAAUACAAAGGUUUAUUGCAUGGUUCUGAAGAACUAAAUGCUUUCCCAUUCUGUAAUCAGGACUGCCAUUUCUCUCCCUCUCUUUUUCUCUCUCUUUCUCCAAUUCCAGUUCAAAGCUCCUACACUGCAAUUGGUUUAAUGUUACAUAACAUAAAACCCCAAUGGUGUUUUUUUUCCCUUGAAUUAUUUUUUACUUCAUCCUAUUGGGUGGACAGAACCACUGUAGGUUAGAGAUGGAUAUUUAAAAAAAAGAAAAAAAAAGAAACUCAUGCAGCUGUUUCCCCCAUUGCCUCCAACACCUACCUUCUUAUCUUUUAUUUAUGCCUUGAGGUCUAAUUUCUGGUUUUCUACCUGUUAAUGCACUGUUGACCUUAAUAAUGGUGCCUUAUGCAAAUCAAACUUCUCUUUUGGGAGGUCUUAUACAGGGGUAUGAAUGAUAUAUGCUUUAUUAAGGCUCUCUUUUCACCUGACACUUGUACUAUACCUAAUGUACAUUAUGAAGAGGUGGGAAGACCAUCAGUUGGUAUCCUGGGUGAUCCUCAGCGUUUCCAUGUAGAGAAGCCCCCCAUAUAAACAUCUGUACCGAAAAUGUCAUGGCAUAAUCCAGCAGCGAAUGCAUCUCUGAGUCCAUCUUUUCACAAGGUUGAUCUUGCACAGCAUGUCCCUAGCCUGCAUCCUUCUCUCUUCCCAUUCAAGAAAUUAUCGAAAACAAAUCUAUUAGUUCCUUUCUCCACCAAAAAGAUCCUGUACUCAGGAUGCUGUAUUUUGCUCAUGCAUCUUUAAAAUUGCAGGAGUAACUACAAGGAAAAAAAAAAAGAUUUCUUAAAAGGCACAAUGUCCACACUUGUAUAUGUAGCUUCCCUUUAAUUAAAAUGGAAAGUAAACAAAAAAAAAAUACAAAAAAGCAAAAAAAAAUAUUAGUAAUUAUCAAGUGGGCAGGAUAUCUAUAACGUAUGUAUAUAUCUAUUUGUGUGUAUAGUAUCUGUAGCUGUGAGUGUGCGUGCAUGUAUAUUUGUGAGUGUGUGUGUGAGUGUGUGUGUGUGUGUGUACAUCUAUAAAAUAUAUAGAUAAUUUAUUAUUUUUAAGGAUUGUAUUGAGUUUUUUGCUGUAAAGUGUCAUAGCCUGCGAGGAGUCUUCCUCCUUUCUUGCAUUUCAUGGAGAAGAAGCAAACAAAAGUCAGCUUUUAUUAUUAUCAUUACUGUUUGCAAACUUUUAGCAGAGACCUGAAAAGGAGGGAAGAGCUUCAAUCAGUGUGCACAGUUUUUAACAAGAGAACGCAGUUACUUCCCUAUAAGCACUUUUGUACACUAAAAAAAAAAAAAAAUGUCCUGGUGUCCAAAUAAAGUGCACUGGAGCCCCUCUGGGGAAACAGCAGGACUUAAAUGGUUUCUGCUGGUUUUCUUCCAAUUUUUUUCAUUAGUGCAAGACCCUUGGCUGCUUUUAAAGAAAAACAAAAAUCCUUUUAGAAGCUCUUAAGAAAGUUAGCUCCUUUCUCCUAUAUUCACCCAACAAGCAUGUUCAUCUUUCUUUGGACUUUUGUCUGUAGGUUUGGUUUUUGCUGCCCUCUGCUUCUUCUCUUGCUAGUUCAUGCUUUUCUUGAUGGUGGUCAGUGAGCUCUUCAUCUCCCUCCCCCCCCAAAAAAGGGCAUUGAAUUGGAACACCAAGGGCUAAGGGUGCCUGCUUAGCCAUUUCUGCAUCGUAUGGGAGCAAUCCAUUGAGGGCUACUUAAAAAUGGACACUUUCCACUAAGAUUAAAUAAAUGAAUCCCAGCCACUCCGUUUCUGUCCUCUAAGCUUAUUGAAAAGAUGUAGAAAUGUGCUCCUUGAUGGUGAAUUUAUUCCUACGGGUAUUUUACCUUUUAGCUGAAUUCACAAGGCAGUUUUACGAGAUGUUAGAAAUAGUCGUUCCCCAAACAUUAAGCCAAUGUGUUUUCCAAGCUGCCUUCCACAAGAAUGUAGCUCAUUUAUAGCUAUUUUGGGGCAGCUUUUUUCCCUCUGAAAAUGAUGGUGAAUAUUAUUAGUCCUCUAACCAUGUUCAAAUCCAUUUUAUCCAAGUCUAAGAGAUAUAUAGGCCUACAUUUAUCUGCAUUGCGUUUUGAAUUUUAUAUGCUCAAAAAUGCACUUUUUAAGUUUUUGUUUUUUAAAAAAAAAAUACUCCCAAGAAAAUAUUUUUAUUAUCUACGGAUUAUGGAAGUCUGAGAUGUAUGGCGCUUCAUACAUGCAGGGCACUUUUUACCGCAUUGAGAGAUGCCAUUUCAUAGACAAAAAAAAAAUACCGUAGAUCGGGAAAUAUCUGUCUGCAUGUAUGAAUUACAAUACUCACCCUUUGAUCAAGGCAUUUUACAGGUUUUUCUGCUCCAGCAUUGUAUUUGAGACGGUAAGAUUGCAAUGUUUUCUGCUUAGCCAUAAUCAUUUGCUUUUUUUUUUUUUUUUUUUGAAAAAAAAAAUCUCUUGCAGUAGUUAGAAAUCAGUUUUGUAGUUAAAUGAGUACAUUUUGUUCAGGUGAUAACUGAGCCUCAAUCAAGCUGAAAGAAAAAAAAUUGCUUGAAAUUUCAGAAAAAAGAAUUUCUAUUCGUAAAAUUUCUUUUUAUGUUUGUUUGUUUUUUGGGUUUUUUUUGGAAGCACCCUAUUAUCUAAAGAAUCUCUUUGUAAGAUUUUUGUAAAAAAAUUUGUUUUACAAGAUUUUAUUUGAAAUUGUUUUUUGCAAGAUUGUUAUAUUUCUGUAUGAAUGUAUUUUUUAUUGGAAUAACAUAAAAAAAUCUUAUCAGCG